AUGACUACCACAAUUCUAGAUUUUCUCCCAUAUGAGAUCCAUCUUAAGGUUAUAGACCAUUUGAAGGAUCCUGACGAUUUGAUCAGUUAUUUAACCACCAUUCCACUACUUUAUCCACAUAUGGCUAGUUAUAUUCGUAUUAUCACAUACUCAGAAAAGAAAGUUCAGUUUGAUGCAACAAACAUACCAAAAGAUUGUUUUGUCACGGGCGAUCAAUUAUGUGAUCAUAAAGCUCUUGAUAGAGUCUUCGAUGAAUUCAAAGGAGUUGUUAUCCUAGAUUGUACCACCACCUUCUUUACCUUCUUAGAUAUUUCAGUUGUCUUAAAAAAAAUUCAGCAGGUUAUUCAAAAGAGUCCAAGAUCAUUAACGUUAAAAGUGAACAUUCGGGCACCCAAGGCCGGAGUUAGUUUCACUCCCACUUAUAUCACCAAUGCAAAGCUUCUCCUAACAUAUUUAAUGGAGGUACCCAUUGACAAGAUCACACACUUCAGCAUCCCAUUAAAUCAUAAAAUUAGUGUGGAUGGGGCAGAUUCUGUUCUCGAUUUACUAGAUAACACGCCAACCGCUGAUGUGGAUGAUGUUAAAGAGCUUAUAGUUGAAAGACACUUGAUCAAGAGAGGAAUUCUAGAUAUUUCUGAUCAUCCCAAGUUGGAGAGCUUAAAAAUUGUUGGUGUUAGGUCGAGAUUUAGAUUCCAUGAUGGUUUUAUCUUGCCUGAAACCUUAAAGAUCGAUAGAAGUGGGAUUAACUUCAGACCCACUACUCAAAUGUGUCAAAAUUUGAAAUAUCUUGAUGUGAAUCAUAGAUGGACUCCCAAAUCUUUAGAAGACUUUGAUGAAGAUGACUUUCGUAGAAAUGACAAUAACAUAGAUACACUAGGGGGUUUUGAUGCACCAAAGUUAAAGGAGGUUAGUCUAACUUUUUUAGGUCAUGGAAUCAAUGCUGUAAACAAUAUUAGAGCACCAUCAUUAGAGAAGCUUUUUGUGAGACAACUAGGUCUUAUGGCUUUCAAUUUGGGGAACAUUGAUGCUCCUAAUUUAGAAUCAUUAUAUGUCAAGGCAAGCACGCUUGCCUGCGAAGGUAUUGAUGUGUUUCCAAGUUUGAAACGAUUCUUUAUUUCAGCUGGUAGUAUUGAUAAUCAUUUACAUAAUAUAUACAGGAAUCGUGAAGCUCGUCGAUACUACUUUUUAGAGAACUCAGUUGUUGGUGAAAUUGAAAACGGUCAGCAUCAUCUUUUAGAUGGUUUAAAUAUGAAAAAUCUCAAGAGUCUAUUCCUCAAAGGUUUUCCACGUUGGAGUGAAUAUCCAACAUCAGCUUUGUUUCCAAGAUUAAAGAAAUUGAAGAUUGUUUACGAUCAAACAUUAGGUACUUUUCCAAAAUUGAAUGCACCAGAGCUAGAAGUGUUGGUUAUCCAAGGUUGUGCAAACUUGCGUAACUUGGACAAUUUGGCUGAGAACUAUCCCAAAUUGAAAUACUUGAGACUUGAAGAAGUUGAAAAAACGAUUCAUUUCAAAGAUUGGUUUAAAAAAGAUUUGGAAUUUCUUUCAAUUGAUGCAGCCUCAUUGAAAUUUUCAAGAUGUUUAUUUCCAAAACUUCAAAGAUUAAGGAUCUACUCAACAGGUUCAAGGGGUCAACCACCUAAGGAUGUUCAAAUAUUUGAUUUCAAAGAUAUCAUAGCACCUCGGUUAACCGAUUUAGCCUUAAUAUGCCCGUAUUGGAAGUUCGGUGGAAAGUUCUCUGAUAUUUUUGAGUCGAUGUAUUACCAGUUUUUGAAGAGUUAUUUGAUUAAAGUACAAAACCUUGUUACUGGAUCAUGGCCAGAAGGGUUGGAUAUGAUUAGUAUAGAGAACUCUGAAAAGAUUGGUUACCGUUACCGAUGUUAG